CAAAUGACAACUUAAAAGCAUAUGACAAGUGACAAGUGACCAACAACAAGGUUAUGAGGAAAGUGGAAACCGCUGUUAUUUUGCAUGUGGAUAACUAAUUAUUUUAUCUGCCUAUUUCUGAAAUAGUAAUUUGCUAAUUUGUUCGAAAGCUUUAUUUUAUCAUUAUGCCACCGAAGAAAGCUCCUGUUCCCGGUAAAAAAACCGAACAGAAGAAGAAAGAGAAAGUUAUCGAGGAUAAAACCUUUGGUUUAAAAAAUAAGAAAGGGUCAAAACAACAAAAGUUUAUUCAGCAAGUCGAGAAGCAAGUUAAAUCAGGCGGUCUUCAUCCACUGAAAGAGGGCACGAAAAAGUCAGAAAAGGAACAAAAACUAAAAGAACAGAAAGAAUUGGCCGCUUUGUUUAAACCUGUUCAAACGCAAAAAGCAGGGAAGGGUGCCGAUCCAAAGUCUAUAGUAUGUGCAUUUUUUAAACAAGGUCAAUGUGGCAAAGGGGACAAAUGUAAAUUCUCUCAUGAUUUAACUCUAGAACGUAAAGCGGAAAAACGGUCUUUGUAUGUCGAUAUGCGAGACAAAGAUGAAGAAGACACUAUGGAAAAUUGGGACGAAGAGAAAUUGAAAGAAGUUAUAGAGAAAAAACAUGGAAAAAGUGGGAAAAUGCCUACAACCGAUAUUAUUUGUAAACACUUUUUGGAAGCUGUGGAAAAAUCAAAAUAUGGUUGGUUUUGGCAAUGUCCUGUUGGAGAAAGUUGCAUAUAUCGGCAUGCCCUACCACCAGGCUUUGUUUUAAAGAAGGAUAGAAAAAGGGAUGAUAAGAAAGAUGAAAUAACAUUAGAGGAAUUGAUUGAAAAAGAACGUGCAGCUUUAGGCCCGAAACAAACUAGAAUUACUUUAGAAACAUUUUUAGCUUGGAAAAAGAGGAAGAUUCAAGAAAAGAAAGAUGCUGCAAAGAAGGAUGAGGACAAGAAGAGAAGUGAUUUCAAAGCAGGAAGACAAGUUGGAUUAUCAGGAAGGGAAAUGUUUAGUUUCAAUCCAGAAAUGGCUGCUCAAAAUGAUUUGGAAGACGGAGAUGAAGCAUUCGACUCAACAUUAUAUAAAAAUGAGGAGGAUGAUAAUAUAGAAUAUAGGGAGAUUAAUCUCGACUUUGAUGCUUCUGAAGUUGAUGAUAGUGGUACUAUUGCCACAGAGGAUAGAUUUAAACAGGAGGAGCCUUCGAGUAGUACAGCACCACAAGAGGCAGAAAGUUCUACCAGUACUGCUGUACCAAUCAAUGAGAAUCUUUUCUUAGAAGAAGACUUAGAAGGUCUAGAUGAAGAAUUAGAGAAUUUAGAUGUUGAUGAUUAAUAUUUGGCCUCUGAAUUUGGUCAAUCGGAUACCUUUAGGAUUACAGAACGAGUGUGAUAGGUCAGUGUUUGUCAUAUUAAAAUUUUAUGUUAUAAGUAAUGUGUAACUUUCUUUCAUUGGUAAACUAUCUUGUUUCAGUAGCACUCUUAAAUUUUUCAUAUGUCUUUAGACAAAGUUUUGAAGUCAUAUUGACUAUAAUAGUAAUUCUGUUGACAGUAAUACAUUUUAGGUUCUGGUUAUUUAAUAAAAGGUUAUUUUGAUAACAUAUUAAAUAUAUCCAAUUUUUAUACUUUAUGAUUAAUUUUUUUUUAAUGUUAGGUUUCAAAUUUAUAAUACAAAAGAUUAAUAA